CGAAGACAAUAGGGGCAUCCGACUAAACGUCUUUGACCGAGCAACCCAGCCUAAUCUCCGGAUGAGAGUGGCUCCUGAAACGUCCCCCUGCUGCUAAACCCGAGCGGGAGGAUUAGGAGGACCAAAAGUACGCCGAUCUACAAGACAAACAAGACAGAAAUUCGUUAAAAAAAAGAUGAAAUUCACGGAGCACCUCGCGGCGCACAUCACCCCGGAGUGGAGGAAGCAGUACAUCCAAUAUGAGGCAUUCAAAGAGAUGCUGUAUGCUGCUCAAGACCAGGCCCCGUCCAUUGAAGUCACAGAUGAAGAUGCGGUCAAAAGGCACUACGCCAAGUUUGAAGAGUUGUUUUUUCAAAGGUGUGAGAAGGAACUGGCUAAGAUCAACACCUUCUACUCGGAGAAGCUAGCCGAGGCCCAGCGGCGCUUUGCCACUUUGCAGAAUGAGCUGCAAUCUUCUCUGGACGCGCAGAGGGAGAGCGCUGUCAUUGGGCUCCGCCGCAGAAAGACUGUGUUUGCUCUGUCCCAGAAGGAAAGGUGCAAACACAGGAACAUCAAGGACCUGCAGCUGGCCUUCUCAGAGUUCUACCUCAGCCUCAUCCUACUGCAGAACUACCAGAACCUGAACUUCACAGGCUUCAGGAAGAUCCUAAAGAAACAUGACAAGAUCCUGGAGACAUCCCGAGGAGCAGACUGGAGGGUGGCCCAUGUGGAAGUGGCCCCUUUCUACACUUGCAAGAAGAUCACACAGCUCAUCUCUGAAACUGAGGCGCUGGUUACCACAGAGCUGGAAGGAGGCGACCGUCAGAAAGCCAUGAAGAGGUUGAGAGUCCCUCCUCUGGGAGCGGCUCAGCCUGCUCCUGCUUGGACCACCUUCAGAGUGGGGCUGUACUGCGGGGUAUUUCUUGUGUUAGUCGUUACUGUAGUUAUAACGGGGUCUGUGCUGAUUCGUAAUAAUGAUGUUUGGCCCAUGAUCCGCAUCUACAGAGGAGGCUUCCUAUUGAUAGAAUUUCUAUUUCUUUUAGGCAUUAACACGUAUGGCUGGAGACAGGCCGGAGUGAACCACGUGCUGAUUUUUGAGCUCAACCCCAGGAACAACUUGUCACACCAGCAUCUGUUUGAGAUCGCUGGUCUGCUGGGUGUGUUGUGGUGCGUGAGCCUGCUCUCCUGCCUCUUCUCUGAGAGUCUGCUGGUGCCCAUGCAAGUCAACCCUCUGGCCCUCUAUGGCUUCUUCCUCCUAUUCCUCAUCAACCCCUUCAAGACCUGCUACUACAAGUCCCGAUUCUGGCUCCUCAAGCUCCUGUUUCGUGUGGUCACCGCCCCAUUCCACCGCGUGGGCUUUGCAGACUUCUGGCUGGCCGAUCAGCUCAACUCCCUGGGGGUCGUUCUCAUGGACCUAGAGUACAUGAUCUGCUUCUACAGCUUUGAACUGGACUGGAAGAUACAGCAUGGUCUCUUUAAUGAAGGAGGUGGAGAUGUGUGUAACUCAUACUCGUAUGGCGUCCGAGCAGUGAUCCAAAUCCUCCCGGCCUGGUUCAGGUUUGUGCAGUGUCUGCGGCGUUACCGUGACACCAAACGGGCCUUCCCUCACCUCGUCAACGCCGGCAAAUACUCCACCACCUUCUUUGUGGUCACCUUUGCCGCCCUCUACAGCACGCACAAAGAUGGAAAGCCAGAGGAGGCGCAGGUGUUCUUCUACCUGCACAUCACGUGCCUCGUGAUCAGCUCUUUGUACACUCUGAUCUGGGACCUGAAGAUGGACUGGGGCCUGUUCGAUCGUAACGCAGGAGAGAACACUUUUCUGAGGGAGGAGAUUGUCUACCCACACAAGGCUUAUUAUUACAGUGCCAUAGUGGAGGAUGUGCUGCUGCGCUUCUCAUGGACACUGACCAUCACCCUCAGCACUCUGACCAAAAUAAACGGCAUUAAAGACAUUCUGACCACCAUCUUAGCCCCAAUGGAGGUCUUCAGGCGGUUUGUGUGGAACUUCUUUCGUCUGGAGAACGAGCACCUGAAUAACUGUGGUGAGUUCCGGGCAGUGCGGGACAUCAGUGUGGCUCCUCUGAACGCAGACGACCAGACGCUACUGGAGCAGAUGAUGGACCAGGAAGAUGGAGUGAGGAACCGCCAGGGCAAGAAGAGCUGGAAGAGGAGCUACAGCAUGAGCCUGCGCAGGCCCAGGCUCGCCUCGCAGUCUAAGACUCGUGACACCAAAGUUCUGAUCGACGACACGGAUGACGACUCCUGACAUCAGGCCACGCCCCUCGCCUGGGUCCAAAACCUCUUCAAAGGAGGGAACGCCUCUUCCUCCUCCUAACUGCGACUCCCCGGGCGGGCUGGGCGUUGGAUCAGCCUAUUACAGACUAUCACGUGAACGUAAACACUCCUCUUCUACUGUCUCUGCUGGUGUGCUCUGAAGCCCAGCAGGCGGCCAUGACAGUCCUGAUACUUCUGAACAGAUCAGGAGUUUGAAUCUUUAAGAGCAGUGAGAGGAGAUACCGACCUCUACACAUUUGCUUUUGAACAAGGCAGCAAAGAGGAACUAAUUUUAACUAGCUCAGUGCCACACAGAACUGAGAAAGAAUAGAAUGGACAGAUGUUGAAAUUCUGCCAGCUGCUUUUAGUCUCAGCAAACCAGGUUAAGUGGCCCCAAAAAGUCACUACAAAAAAAUGGAAUAUGCAACAGUGGGUAAACAUAAAAUAGCUCUACUUCAAAGCUGUAGAUCUAGUUAUUUAUUAAAACAUUACAAUUGGUCUAAUUUUUUUGCAGCCAUUUCAAAUUUUCCACCAAAUUUAGUCAUUUUUGUUAUCUCCAAGUAGUUUUGAAUCGAAUUUCGAAACACUCCAUUCUGCAAGUAGGUUUGUGUCAGAAUGUAAAACAAAAUUUCAGAUUUCUGCUUUUCUUACAGUUGUUUGUUUGUGGCUUGAGCUUAACCCUGUCGUAAUGUUGCAAAGUCACUGUAAUCUAAUAAUUGUGAUGUAAAAUACUUAAUAGAUUUAGAAAUUUCCCAAAUUUUAAAACAAACAUAUAUUGAAGUUUGGGCUUGUCACUUCAUAUGUUGUCAUUUUGUGAUCUUUGUAGUGACCUUUCAGGGCCACCAUAGAUUAAGCUCAUUGAGAGGCCUUUAUAAUCAGUUUGGCACCUUGGACAUUAUUCGUGAACCUCAGACUUGAUAGAAUUCCACUUGUUUUUCAUCUUAGCCGUUGGACUACAUCUGGGCACGCUCAGAAACUACAAAUAUGGCUCUCAAUCACCACAGCGCUGCCUACCUGCACCUUACGUACUCGCUUUUACAAAACAAUAACAAACAUCGCACUUUGCCGGACAAGUGGAGCAGGAUGCCUAAUAUAGGACAAUUUUCUUUUUGAAAUUUUACGUCAAGGAAGCAGGUUAUGAGUAAUGGUUGUAAAUAUUUGAUGGACUAAACAGGCAUUUAGAAAUUUCCCCCAUAAACAUAAAGUGCUUAUUUCAAACGUGCAAGAAGGAUUUUUGCGUAAUAUAUUUUUUGGGCAAUUUGAAAAUGGACAGUCCAAUGUUAGCUACUACAUAGACAACCUCCGCCGUGGUUGGACGCUGAAUGUAUGCCAACUUAUUUAUGUGCGAAUGGGAAAAAAACAAGCAAUGUCUCUUGAAAAAAAAAAAAAGUUUUCUGUCUUUUCGUCGAUUCAGAAGGAUCUGCUUUAUUGUGAAACAGGUGACUUCUUAAAGGACUGGGGUGGGUGUUGUUUGUUAAAAGGCCUAUAUUGCGCUAUUUUCUGGUCUAUGUAUCUAUGUUUAUAAUGUUGUUUCCUCAUCAAAAACAUACCAACCCUGCAUAUUUAGGCUUAGUUCUUCUCUCAGAAAACUGUUCCACCUUGUGAUGUCAUGUGGUAAUACAAGAAGUGCUCCGUUGUGUUUUUAAACUCCACACACCUUCACUAGAAUCAUCAUUUCAGCUCUGGAAUGAUCAUUCUCAAGGUGAAGCACAGCAUUUUGAGCUUUAGAGAUGUAGACCUCCUGAUAAUAAAGCAUUACUCAACAUGUGGGAAUGAAACAAAACACAACUCCAGGGAUGUUUUUGAGGAGGUAACAACAUUAUAACACAAAGCUCACAAGAAUCAAUUUUAUGUAAUAUAGGACCAUUUCGUUUGGUGCUGGUGCCGUGCAUUGGAGGAGGAUUUCCAUAGUUUUAUUAUUA